UCACUUUAUAGAAUGGUAACUGGUAACUUUAGUCACGGAAUUUCUGAGUAACAGUGGUCAACAACUGUCAUAAGAUAUCCCACGAAGGAAUUCGAAAGAAUUCUUCCGCAUUAACUGAAAUAGUUCACAAUAAUUCAAGUGAAUCAAGUGAAAAUCUAAACAUUACGUACAUUUUUAAUUAGAAAUGUUGAUUAUAUCAAAAAAAGUUUCGCUCUGCUACUGGUGAUUGCAAUACAACCAAAAAAAAAAGAAGAAGAAAUGUCUGGAGGUUAGGAAUGCGGGCUCUAUGCCAUCUCUAUACCUUUUGGUAAAACUACCCGGAAUGAUGUAAUGGAAGAAAAAUUGACCAAGAGAUGGCAGAAUUCUUGCCACUAUGCGACUUAUUAUUUAAUGUUGUCUCCCUUGCAGUAUAUUUUUGCGACUUUGUUUUUGAUAUAUUAGUUAUUUAUGCGUUAUAUGAAAAAGAACUGUUUAUAGUCUUCGCACAAUGCCUCACAAUGGUCUUUUUAUCGACAAUAAUCUCCCAAAUAUUAAGUUUACGUUGGUAUUUAUCAAGAAAAAAAACUACAGUUAACAAACCAAUUCUUGCAUUUAUCCAUGUAAUACAAUUAGGAGUAUUAUGGAGAUACACAAGAUUACUUGCUCCUAUACAAUUAUCUAGUGUAAAACAAGAUGUUCGUGAUUUAUGUAUACUCCGAUUAUUACAUGGAUUUAUUCAAGCUGCUCCAAUGCUACUUUUACAAUUAAGUUUAUUAUCAGAAAAAUCUGAAAUGAUACCAUCAAGAGAUUUAAUCAUUGUUUCAGCUACACUGUCUUUAUUUUCAAUUUGUUGGUCAUUAGCUUCGUUUAGUAAACAUGUUCAAAGUGUUGAAAGAUUUGUUUUAACUUGGUUAGGUGUAAUUUCACAGUUAUUAUGGAGAGCUGGAACUGUAACAUCUCGAGCGUUAGCUUUAGCAGCAUAUGCGGCAUCUUAUAAAUCAUGGAUCUUCCUUGUUUUAGCUUUACAUUGGACAUGUAUGUUUUUAUGGUUAAUUUCACCCAAAAGUGCUUAUCAUGGACAAAAAGGUUCUCGAUUAGGAAUUUGCGUAUUAAUAGCUGCAAUAUAUAUCUUAGCAUAUAUUAAUUUCCAAGAUAAACCCCACACACGAACAAUGACAGUUUUCUACAUUGUAAUGUUAAUGGAAAAUUCGCUUCUCAUAACAGCAUGGAUGGCUGCAAUUUGGUCAUCACCUCCAAUUAAUUGGGAAUUAAUACCAAUUUUAACACUUGUGUUAUUUAUGGUUGGUAUAUUUUUUAUGUUGAUUUAUUAUCGGUUUUUUCACGUGAGACGAUUAAUGGAUAAACCAUCAACUCCUCCGGGUGUGUUUAAUUGUCGGUUUGCAAAUCCAACGGCUGCUGCUUUGUAUCGAAAGAAAAAGAAGCCUACGAGUUUUGUUCCUCCUCCUGGUUUAACUCCGGUACCGUUUUGGAGGCGUCCUUUGCCUUCAUCAAGUGAAAAUGAAGGGAGCAGUGUGGGUUCUAGGGUGAAUAUUCAUCAAAAACUACAGGAAAAGAAACAGAAACAAUUAGCGGAGUUGAAAAUUAUUGAGGAAGAAAUUAAACAAGGUAAAUUAGUAGGACCUGAAGCUGGCGAUCCAGACGACCGUCAACCUAUCCCCAGAGCUAAAAGACAUGUAGAACCUCAAUUAAUUAGUUUAGCAUCAUUAAACAACCUAGCAAGUUAUGGUGUAAAUUUGAAUCGAAGACCACCACCAAGAGCACCAACUCGUAGUCGUACUCCCGAAUUAUUAUUAGCCCCGCGUUAUCUUUACUGUGAUUGUGUUGUCCCUGAACCGGCGGAACCUGUUGAAAUAACCGCGCCACCAACAACUUCCGAUAUUGAAAGUCAAAUUUCAUUACCGCGAUCGUAUACACUUCCACGGGAAUUUAAGUAUUAUAGAAGAGGGAGGUCCCGGAAACCUAUACAUCCGGUUCCUUCUACGAAUAGUAGUGAUGGUGAUGUUGACUCUGCCGAUGAUGAGUCUGAUUAUCAAACGCCUCCGGUGGUUGUAAAGCAAUUAAGGCGGCCAUUCCGACAUGAAACUAAAUUGUAAUUUGUAAGAAAUUGUAUUAUUAUUGAUAUAUUGGGAUUUAAAAUGAUUGUGAUUUAUUCAUUGGGUUGGUAAUAUAACCUGAGAUGAUUCAAUAUUAAAACAUUUUCAAAUUUAAUAAACUGAAAAAGAAUUUACCAUUUCUUUUAGUUCACAAUUAU